AACAUCUGUAUGGUUCGCUCACGCUUGACCGAUUAAGCUGAACUAUCAGACGUAAAAUACAAUGUAUAGAUAUAAAUAUAUAUACUAGCGGGUCGAUUAAGCCAGAAUCAGCCAGAGCCAUUGUUUUAAAAUCUAUCUCUAUAGACAAGUUAGUGCAUAUACACGUACCGAAUUUGGAACAAGCCUUUUGCAGAGGGAGUAACGCAGGCGAUACCAUUGUCGACUACACGGGCAGAGUCGCCAUUUAACUAUAUAGGCACGUGCCAUUCCUUUGCUGUUUCGGUGCAAAAACACGGAAGCGAACAUCAUUAAUAUUUAUAAAGGAGGCAGACACUGGAAAUUACGCAAUAGGUGAUUUUUUUGUGCUAUCAAAGAUACCUGCAAAAUCCACAGGCUUGUCUUGAAUUCACAUAGUGCAAAGGAUAUCUUCAACGGUACGGAACGGAAACAAUUGAAGGACCUAUAACACGUCCAAACGUGAAGGCAAAGUUUACGACGGGAUUGCAUACAUUUGCAGUUUUUUUUUGUGCGGAUAAGAGCUGGAAUUAAACACAGCGAGGAAGAACAAACAACACGCAUUCGUAUCUUACAGUUAGGAGGUUUGUGCAGAAUCGAAUGCAGCGUAAAACAUGUAAUUUGGACAAGCAAGUAACACCAGAGCGUGUGUAACCCUUAUGGUGUACGAGUUCCAGGUAUUGAAUGAACUGCAUAGGUAUGGAGACUCCGUGCUAGUCUAGCGAUAACAGUGCCGCUAUUCAGCCGCUGUAGCUGAGGCCGACUACAGAACACAGCAUUAAAGACUGGGUGAGUUUACUGCAGCAUACAGCUAACAGGUUGACUUGACAUGUAAAACAUACUUCGAUACACUAACAGCGUAAAAGUCUAAUCCCGGACGUCCCUUCAACGUUAUCAAGUCCGCAAAAAACUGACAAACGUUGCUUAAGGAAUCGAACGUGGUGCCAUUCUACAUACAUAAUACGGACUCCGAUUCGUUCAACUGACAGUGUCAAGAGGCUUAAGGACCGGAAAUAUUACAAAUACAAGUGCAUAUAAAUACCUACUUGUAUCAAACGUUGAAUUGAUUUGGACGAAGUAUUUCUAUAUUUGGUGUUAAAUACUGAUUUUAAAUUUUAAACGUAGAUAACUCGUGAAACAUUUAUAAUUAUCUGAAUUGUCGACGAAUGCACACGUGUUGAGCGUCCAGCAGACCGUUUAAAGUUAGGUAGGAUCGACAUUUUGUAAACUUUCACUUCAAACGUCAAUCGUUUGAAGGAAGGAAGAGACCACGGAACCCCUCGAGUUGAUGCCUUUGUUUCGCGGGAAAGUGUCAAGCUAUUCCGAAGGUGACCAUGUCCGCCAAAUCCAUCAUGCUUUGCUUUCAGCUGGACGAAACACUGACGUCGGAUGACGAUGUGCUAAACAAGCUUAAGGGUGUACCGGAAAUGUGUUUGUCCGGACCUGUAAUUGACGUCAUCACACGGAAUUAUGGGAAAAUCCAAGGACACAUGACCAUGGCAAUGUCCGAAGAUGGAAGUCACGUGACGGUGAGGAUGUAUCCCACAGGCCUAGUGACGGUAGACGUGCAACGACUGAUGGAGGGCGACUCAACACCAAACACUGCAGAAAUAGCUGUGGUGAAGAAUUUAGAGGUCAAACUAAGGAAAUAUUUCGGGACCCAAUGCAAGUUUAGUCGCAGUAUACUGGGUCAGAUCUGCCGAGGCGAGGUGUGUCCAUAUUUCUCGUCGGGAGAGGACCUUCUGUUCGAGUACGGCCCCUUGAAACUGGUGUGUGAGAAGGAAUCAAAGUGGCAAAACAUCAAAAUCUACCAUUCUGAAAAAUUCGGGCAUAUGCUCUGCCUGGACGAUGAUCUGAUGUUGGGAGAAAGUGACCUUAUAUAUACUCAGACUCUCCUUGGGGUCGGGCGCAACGACUUCCGGGACAAGACGGUGCUCAUCCUCGGGGGAGGGGACGGUGGACUUCUGUACGAACUACUCAAGAUGGAACCACGGCACGUUCUGAUGGUGGAAAUUGACGAGGAAGUCAUUAAAGCAUGUUCGACCUACAUGGAGGUCGUUUGUCAUGACGUCCUGGAGAAGUACGAGGGACCAAACCACAAGAUUCACAUAGGAGACUGUAUGGACGUGCUGAAGGAGAGCAUGGCGAGUGGACGGAAGUUUGAUUACGUCAUCAAUGACCUCACAGAGUUUUUAGUCGGCACUGAAAACUCCUAUAUCUACGAUCUAGAGACGUCCUCCCACAGUUUGGAAUUCUCCAUAAAGAUUCUCAACAAGGGAGGGAAGUACCUGUCGCGGGGAAACACUGUACGUGCCAAAAGUUACACUGAAAAGUUUGAGGCUGACAUCCGGGCUUUACAGUUAAAAUUUAAUCGCCACGAAGUGGACGUGCCUUCUUUCCAGGAAAAAUACUGCCUUUACGAGGUGUGGAAACCAUAGAAACAUGCAGAAAGUUUUUUCUGAAUUUGAUAUAAAGUUUUUUUGUUUCAUUUUAAAAUUUAAGCAUGGUGACGUGUUUUUAAUUGUUUUUUUUCUUCAAUGUCUAAAUAUUUUACUAAAAGCUGUCGAGUAUAAUUAAAUCAUAUACGCUAACCAUCUGACAACAAGAUAAGCAGCAGUAACAACAAUAACAACAUCAACAAUAACAAUAACAACAACAACGACAACAAUAACAAGAUCAACAGACAUCAUUUCGGAGUCGAGUCGACGGCUGAGAUCAGUAAACAUCGGAAGUUGAACUUUAGUGUCGUGGAGGAAGCGCCACCUAUACAUUGUUUUUACGUUUAUGAGACAACAAUAAUGAUGAGUGUAAUGAAGUAUGUUGUGAUCUGAAAAUUACCUGUUUCAGAUAAAAAAAAAAAUGUUUAUGUUCAGCAGUAAUCUUUUGAGUAAGCCAACACCAAAAUUCCGCGAGAAGACGUCUAGAUAUGUGUUUUUGACAGUUAAAGUGUGCAUUUGAUUUUAAUGGUUUUUGAUCUAUUCAUGUUUUACAUAUCAUGAACAUAAAAAUUGACUUAAAACGGUACAUUUUGUAAGGCCUUUUAUCUUGUUUAAAAAUGUUCAAACUGUUCGAAAAUGCGUUACUUAAUAAAUAUUAUUAACUAAAGUAAUGGUAGCUAUAAUUGUAAAAAGUGAAAACGGGCAUUCUUGUUCCGGAAAAAAACUCUUAAGUUGAAGAACUAAUUUUUCAAAUUAAUGAACUGUUAAUUGCCAAUAAAACAAUUAUGAUAUUUAUCCGGACACUCGAGGGACCAGUGUAUGUGACAGAAAAAAAUCAUAAAACAUUUUAAUUUCAAAAUAAAUUUCAUUACAACAGGAAGGUAGAGCAGAUACAGGCAUAAUAUUAAAGCUGUACGAUUUUCAACUUAUUUGUUUAAAAAUAAGAAGAAAAAAUACAUCAUGGGGUAUAAAAAAACUGGUAAUAUUUAACCUGAACUAAAUACGUAGCUGAUAAUUUCGAAACGAAGAAGGGUUAGUGAGGGGGGAGGGAGGGAGGGAGGGAAGGAAGUGACAGUUAGGAAAUUCCCCGAUCCUCCAUUGAUGCUCUGAGAGGCAUGGGCAACUAUUACUUGUAUUCCCUCGCUUAAAAUACUAUUGUAAUGUCUCUGUCAGUCGCAUGUUCUAAAAAGUUCCCAACGCAAUUUUAUCAAUUUAUCAUGUAAAUACUUAAUUAUUUAUUUAAUGGGAUUUAAUGGGACAUUUAUGAGAAAUAACAACGAUAAACUAUAACAACUAUAAUGUGUUUAAUUAUUCAUACCGUAAAGUUUGGGUGCACCAUACCAAAGAACAGAAGUUAUCCUUUUGGAUAGUAAUGAACCGGAUUAAGAUUUAUAUAAAAGUUGUAAGCUUUUAAAGAACCAAAUGACGAGGAAAUAAAACUGUCCUAAAACAGUACCUUGAAGAGACUAUAUUUUUUUCCAAAUUUUCGGUUUAUUUAAUGCAUUGCAAAAACGCCAAUGUUCACGCGCGGGGAAAAUUUACACUUGUGUCAUGAAAUAUAUAUGACAAGAAAAAAGGUAAAUGCAACAAUAUCAAAGCUUGCAAAAAUAACACUUGCGUGAAAUUAUCAUGAAAGUGAAAUCCUAAAUGCCACUUGAAAAUACCUACCUGAGAAAAUGAUUUUUUUUAUGUCAAGAAAAUUUAAAAAAAAAUGUGAUUUUCGUCUAUGCACGAUUUACUUUUUACUUUUAACCAUAAUUACAAAUCAUACAUGAGUGCGUAAGUGUGUUUGUGUGUUUGGAAUGUACAUGGAGUGUUGUUUUGUACUUCAUAUUACAUUUAUUUUUCACUUUCACAACUACCUAUACAAUGUACAAAUAAAUCAGAGGUUACAUUCUAGAAUAAC